AUGCAACAAUCAUCAAAAUCAAUUAAAUUUGAAAUAGUAUUUGUUUUAAUUCUUGUAGGAAUAUUUGUUUAUCGUUAUUUUCAAGAUCAGGAAGUUGAUAAGGAUGAAACACAUGAAAAUCAGCUAAAUGAUUUUGAUGAAAAUGAAGAUCUUAACGAAUAUUUACCUCCUGCAUCAAAAUAUGACCCUCAUAUAAAUUAUGAUGAACUUGCAUGGAAAGCAUAUUACAAAAUGCAUAAGGGGGAACCAUUUGCUGAGAAAGCAAAAAAAAUAAUUGAAUCACAUAAUUAG